GUGUCUACUGACCCUCCUGGGGUCGGUGAGGCCGGUGCAGGCCUCGGUUUCCCUCCUGGGUAUGGGGGGUGGUUAUGGUCCCCUAGAUUUCACCGUGUAAGGCUCUGAGGCCGGGGUGAGGGCAAGUCUGGGAUUCCUGAGCGUCGCCGGCCACUUUGACCCUCUGCCCUAACCCAAGGACGAGGCGGGCGGCUGCGGGAUGUCCUGGUCCAGCCUUCUCCGUGGCCUCGGCUCGUCCGUACGUAGUGGCCUGACUCUGAUCCCCCAACUCUGGGCCGGCCGCAGCAUGGCUACCUUGAACCAGAUGCAUCGUCUCGGGCCCCCCAAGAAGCCCCCCCGGCGCCUGGGUCCCACGGAAGGCCGGCCGCAGCUCAAAGGCGUGGUCCUGCGCACCUUCAUCCGCAAACCCAAGAAGCCCAACUCGGCCAACCGCAAGUGCUGCCGUGUGCGACUGAGCACCGGCCAGGAGGCUGUCUGCUUCAUUCCCGGCGAAGGCCACAGCCUGCAGGAGCACCACGUGGUCCUGGUGCAGGGCGGCCGCACCCAGGACCUGCCCGGGGUCAAGCUCAAAGUUGUGCGUGGCAAAUACGACUGCGGCCACGUGCAGAAGAAGAAGUGACCAUGGCAGGUCCCGUGACUUUUAUGCCAUAAAACAGAAUUCUUGCUGCCCAGGAAGGCAGUGGAGUGGGGGAGCCAGCUUUUCCCAUCAGGAG